AUCGCUGUGUCUGUAUCGCAUCGUUAUCAACGAUCAGCAUUUACUUCCCUUCGGUGCGAGCGAAAAAAAAGUUAAUGAUGUUAUAACGUUACGAUUCCCCUCGAAAAUCCCCUCGUUUUUACAGUGAUGAGCACAAAACUGCUGAACCAACAAAAACUCUAAAAUUUAGAUUUCCGGUUUAAAAUCACUCAUCAAAAGAUAUCCUACGCCAUCCCUGGAUGGACCUUCACCAGAAAGCUAGGACCUUAGCCGUGCCCUUCCUAAUUAAUUAACUGAGGGUUGUCGAAAGAUUCUACUGGUCACUGCUAAGAGAUGACCGGAAUAUUUGCACACCUUUCACCCGGUGAGCCAGGGCUACCGUCGGACAAACCGCCACCAUCGGACUCCCAUGUGCUGGACGUGCCGGUACUUGGAUCGACCGAUCCGAUGAGUUCGGUUCCGGAAGUCCCCGCUUGCCGUUUGCGUGCGGCCUUUAACGGGUUGUAUACGAUGAACCGGGCCACCAUCCGGAACCGGUUGAGACUGGUGCAGUUGCUACUGUCGAUCGUUGCGUUGGCUUCAAGCCGGCCACAGUACAACGAUGGGUUCCAGUGGACGGCACUGUUUGUGCUGUGUCACUCGUUCGUGCUUUCGUUCGUGCUGUUCUGGGACCGGCGCUGCAGCGGAACCAUCGUCCGGAACCAGCUGCCACUGCUGAACUGGCGCCGUCUCGAGCUCCACUAUACCGGCGGUGUGACGCUGAUCCUGUACGUCCUUUCGUACGGGCUGAUGUUUGCCAAUAAGGGUUACGGCGUGAAUUACACGUACAACUGGAUAUCGGCCGACUUUACGUUGCUGACGGCACUGGUGUACGCUGGCGAGUACUGGGUACAGCUCCGUGACAUCUACGACGGACGUACGGUCAGCGGCCAGUAGUUGGGCCGAUACUGCGCCAUUACUCCCUUCUGGUUAGGGAACAAAGAAAGGAAGAAAGUGCAGUGCUCUGUGUGGUACCGGUUGUACCCGUUUGUGUCGCUAUGUUCGCUAAGCUUACGUGAAAGCUUUCCAUCAAUGUUGCAUCGUACCGCCAUCUAGCGGGUAAACGCUAAACUUGAAUCGUUCGUGUGCGCCGCACGCACACGUCCGUUAGCUACAAUACAUAUUAUUUUUGUUGUUUGUGUAUCAAACGAA